AUAAAAUGGGAAAAAAGCAACAUCAGAAAGAUAAACUCUAUCUGACCACUUCUGAAUGGAAAUCGAUUGGAGGACAUAAAGAUGAUACUGGAACAAGACUCCAAAGAGCACAGUUCAAAAGGUUACCCAUCAACCAUUGCUCGCUGUCACUUCUACCGUUUGAAGACCCAGUUUGCGCAAGAUCAGGAGAAAUUUUCGAUUUAACUGCUAUCGUUCCUUACUUGAAGAAGCAUGGCAAAAACCCGUGUACAGGAAAACCGUUGGUUGCCAAGGAUCUAAUCCACUUGAAAUUCGAUAAAGGAGAAGAUGGAAAGUUCCGAUGCCCAGUUACAUUCAGAACAUUCACGGACCACAGUCAUAUUCUGGCCAUCGCUACUUCCGGAAACGUCUAUUCUCAUGAAGCCGUGCAAGAAUUGAAUUUAAAAAGAAAUCAUCUCAAGGAUCUUCUAACCGAUGUUCCGUUCACAAGAGCUGAUAUAAUUGAUCUUCAAGACCCAAAUCAUUUGGAAAAAUUCAAUAUGGAGCAGUUUCUACACGUGAAGCUUGAUUUAAAGACGUCAGAAGAGAUUAAAAAAGAAAAAGAUGCAAUGAAAGAUCCAAAAUUCUACAUUCGACGAAUGAAUAAUGCUUGCAAAUCAGUUCUUGAUCAAUUGGAUAAGGAAUAUGUCCCAAAGAAGAGCUCCACAGAAACUGAUGAAACUGCCGAUGAGAUCAAUGCAGCACAUUAUAGUCAAGGAAAAGUCGCAGCUGGAUUCACAUCCACUGUAAUGGCUCCAGUUACAAGCAAUAAAGCAGCUGUUUUGGAUAAUGAUACAGUUCGGUACAGCCGAGUUAAGAAAAAUGCUUUUGUGCGGCUUGUUACAAAUUUUGGGCCAUUGAAUCUGGAAUUAUUCGCGCCGAAAGUUCCGAAGGCCUGUGAAAACUUCAUCACACAUUGUUCGAAUGGAUAUUAUAAUAACACCAAAUUUCAUCGGUUAAUUAAAAACUUUAUGCUGCAAGGAGGCGACCCAACUGGUACAGGACAUGGUGGAGAAUCAAUUUGGGAUAAGCCAUUCUCAGAUGAAUUCAUCUCCGGUUUCUCCCAUGAUGCUCGAGGUGUGCUCUCGAUGGCUAAUAAGGGCUCUAACACCAACGGAUCACAAUUCUUCAUUACAUUCCGGCCGUGCAAGUAUUUGGACAGAAAGCACACAAUUUUUGGGAGACUUGUUGGAGGACAGGAUACACUAACGACGAUUGAAAAGUUGGAAACUGAAGAGGGAACUGAUGUUCCGAUGGUUUCAGUUGUUAUUAUGAGAGCUGAAGUAUUUGUGGAUCCAUUUGAAGAAGCUGAGAAAGAAGUUCAAGCUGAGAGAGCAGAGAUUUUGAAGAAAACUUCUAAGGACGCAGCUUCAUUAGCAAAUAAAAAAGCUAAAGAAACUGCAACAAAACCAGAAGCAGUUGGAACUGGAGUCGGCAAGUACAUGAAGUCGGCCGCAGCUGUGAAUAAACGACAAGGAAAAAUGGAAGAUGUACCCUUGGAGGCCGCAAAGAAAACUAAAUUUGCAAGAGCAGGCCUUGGAGAUUUCUCAAAGUGGUGAUGAAGACCCUCUCUUUUUUUUUAAAUUUAAGGAAUAAAAUACUUUCAUCG